GUAUGUUAAUCAUCACAGUAAUGUCAAGGAGACACUAGCCAUGGUUCCACGGUAAGGACGCCAGAUACCAGCCUCUAUAUAAACAUAACACGCCAAGGAAAAGGAGGAUUUGUAACAAUAAAGUCAAAAUGAGCGCAGGUGCUGUCGGAUUUUUUUUAUUUUUAUUUAUUGCUAUUUGUAGCGGAAAUAAUAAAGAGGCAAAAUUACGAUAUUAUCUUGAUUCCUUUGAAAAUUUUGAAGAAUGGCCUAUUUAUGAGGCAACUAAAAUAUUAUCCACCGCUUGGUACAAUUCCACACGGACGACGGUUAUCUUCUGUCACGGAUUUACAGGUAUCCCAACUGGACCAGCUGUUACGGCAGUAAUAAAGACUUAUCUCGAACAGGGAGAAAGCAACGUGGCAUUACUCAAUUGGGACUACUUGGCGUCUAAGCCGAUGCCAAGUUUGGCCAGUUCGUAUGUAAAUUUCGCGGUUCCAAAUGCCAGACAGCUAGGAGUCCGUUUGGCAUCAACUUUCUUAGACCUUUCGGAGGCUGGGAUGGACCUCAACAAAACCCACCUGAUCGGCCAUUCUUUAGGAGCUCAUAUAUUGGGUAUAGCUGGCAACCAUUUGGCCGCAAAAGGAGUUCAAUUGCCGUGGAUAACGGGAUUGGAUCCAGCAGCAGUCGGAUUUGAAAAUAAGGCCGCUAGAUUAUAUGAGGGAUCAGCUCUGUUUGUUGAUGUCAUCCACACUGAUCCAAAUAAGUAUGGCACUAGUAUGCCAUCAGGGACUGUUGAUUUUUGGCCAAAUUUCAAAUCUGGAUGGCCGAUUAUUCAACCUGGGUGUGGAAGGAAACCUGCACCCGCUUUAUCAAAAGAGGAUUUAUGUAAUCACAACAGGAGCUGGGAACUGCUGGUGAAUGCUAUUAAAUACCCUGACACUCUUAUUGGCUGUCACGCCAAGAACUAUAGGAUAUGGAAAAACUAUUCCAAGGAUGAAAGGAAUGCUUACACUUUAGCUAUCGGUAUACAUAACAUAACAGCACGCGCGGGAAAUUAUUACUUCAUGACAAAUUCCGAACCUCCCUACGGAAUGGCGGAAGAUGGGCUGUGAUUACAGAGUUAUUAGUCAUUAUUAUUUAAGGGAUAAUUUAUUUCAUGAUAUUAUUAUUAAAUCAUUACAAUAUA